AUGGCUUUCCCUAGCGGAACUACAUACCACGCCGACUCUGACGCCGACGAUGAAUAUGAGAGAAGCGUCAUGACUUCGCCUACACAGCUACACACAGAUUCAGAGACCUCUUCUGAGCCUCCCUCUAAUGAACAUACGCCGACGACAUAUGAAAACUCGGGGGAAGAUCCAAGCCUACCCAGGACUAUCAUAACAGAAUGGACACCAGAAGAAUGCGCUCAGUUUGUGUCUAGUUUGAACUUGAGACAAUAUUGCCAUGCUUUUGUCGAACAUGGCAUCGAAGGGGAAGCCCUCGUCGCACUGAAACAUGAUGAACUGAAAGAGAUGGGGAUCGCCAGUGUGGGACACCGUUUGACGAUUCUCAAGAAUGUUUAUGACAUGAAAGUCAACCAGGACAUUCCCAUUGAGCCGGAUGACUAUGUCCCUCCCACGGCAGAGCAAAACCCUCAGCAUGAAAUGGCAACCAAGGAAGACAUUGAUCGGCUUGCGAGAUCUAUCCUCCGGUUACGGGACGAGCGUAUUGUUCAGGCGGAGGCGCAGUUGACCCGGCUGGCGGAUGACUACCGCAAGCUGCGGCAGGAAUUACUGCCGGUUUUCAAGAUGGCCAAAGAACGAUCAGAACCUCUCCCUUAUGCCCCCUAUCAAAGCGCCACGAUUAGUCCGGAGAUGUACCAGCAAGACGUCGUCUCGCCUCCCCUGACGACCCAGCCAGUGCCCGAAAAGACCAGCCUCACACGCACAUUUUCAAAGAAGCUGGGUCUCAGUUCAACGCCCAAGAACAACUCUCCAACACAUAUACCCAGUACGAUCCAUGAGGGCAGGAGUUACGCCGAAAGCAACUCGCUCGACCCCUCCGCUGCAGCAAGUUUGGCUUCAAACUCGCUAACCGCACAAAUGUCAGGUGGCGCAUUACCGCAACAUCCACAUCCUUCUCCAGGCGUCCCCUCUCCGACCUCGCCACUCCCCUACCAACAUCAACCACUUGCUCCGCGCUCCUAUCAACGUGAGGGAGGAACCGCUACUAGUGCUAUCCCUCGCUAUGACGGUAUCGACGACCGGCAGGUCACCAUCGAACGCGAUCGUGACCCUCCCACUUCCGCAAAGUCGGCUUCCGGCAAACUCAAUCCUACAAACAGUACAAUCUCUAAUGUAUCCACUCUCAUACCCUCAAGAGAACUAUCAGCUUCGGUGCCGCCCCAGCUCCCCUCAAGCGCCAGCGUGGGCCAUACUCCGCAUGGCAACAAAGACAAUGGUAGCGGAGGCGAUGCGCCCUCUGUGGAAAUCUUCAAAUCUUUCCGUGUCGGACUAGAAGAUCCAUGUUAUAAAGUUCUCCCAGCGGCCCUCAGAAAGUACAACAUUCAGGCCGAUUGGCGUCAAUAUGCUUUGUAUAUCGUGUAUGGCGACCAGGAGAGGUGUGUGGGUUUGGAAGAGAAACCCCUCGCUCUAUUCAAGGAUUUGGACAGAGAGGGGAAGAAGCCGAUGUUUAUGUUGAGGAAAUUAGGGAAUGUAAUGGUUGGGGACAUGCCGCCAACCGCGGGGGUGGGGAUGAAGCCGCCCCUGGGAGGAUUGGGUGGUGGAGGGACAGCUGCAACAGGACUCGUCCCUAGUGGUGCAGCGAGCGUGAGGACAAUACCAACGGCGCAGACGUUGCCGGGCGGUGUUUUAUAA